AUGGCGUUGGUCUCUGUUUCAGGAGUAUAUUUUUUCGUAAAAGCACGCUUCGAGGAGUUAAAGACUUCAUGCGCCUUCAGUUCAGACAACCCAUGCGUCUUCAAUUCUGUGGCAAGCCUCUUUGCCGUGGAAUACAUGGCGGUAAUGGCUUUGUACAUCCGCUGGCGUUGGUUACGCAACUUGAGCGCCAUGCCGAUAGCCGUCGUCUGCAUCCUCGACAACAGCCCUGCAGCGGUCACGAUCAUAGUCGCCCCGACGUUCUUGUGGGGACAUCUUUUUGGGGAUCCCCAGUUCGCCACCUGCCUCUCGUGUGUAUUGGCGGCGGCGCUCGUCGUCUUCCUCUGGUGGUGCAUCUCCAUAGACAGGAUUCUUUCAAAGAACUCACCACUGCCUCACCUCCAAGAAGAAACAUGCAAAAAUGGAGGCGUGCUCCAUAUUUUCACAUGUGAUUAUUAG